AUGCAAGCUAAGAGCAACAUUGUUAUUGAAAUGGAAAUGAUGAUAGAAAGCACAGAACAUUUAAAUAAUUUAAAAGGGGAUUCACAUAAGGAUUAAAUAACUUAUAUGAGUGGAUAGAACUAAUGUAUUAAACAAAAAGUCAGUUAGAUUGACUUAGAGUUCCAAAAGCUUUUAUUUUAGUUGAUUGAGACUAAAUUAAGUGAAAAUACAAUCUCAUAAGUAAGUGUUUCUAUUUAUUUAAAGGUUCAUGACUUGUUAAAAAGAUUAUCUAGUUCUUUAAUAAUAGAAAUUCCUAAAGGGCCUUAGAUUCUUUAAAGCCUCUACUUAAUCAUAUUAAUAAGAAAACCAACAAUCAAAAGAAAUUUUCCUUUUAGUCCAUUGUCUAUCAUCUUGUCGAGGAUCAAAAAGAUAAUCAAAAGAGUUAAAAAGUUAUUAUAAAGGAAAUUGAAUUGGAUUCAAAAAUAGAAUGAUAUUCAAAUAAAAUAGCAUUCUUCAUUUCAUUUAUACAAAUCCUAAUGUAAGAAUACAGAUAAUCAAAUUGAUUGUUUAACGAGGCAGCUAUCUUUUGAAUAAUACAAGGAACCUAUAUAUAAAGAAAUCACAAUAAUAUAGGGAUAAGGAUUAAUCAAAUUUUGA